AUGGAAUAUUUGAGCUUAUUUUCCUUUAGCUAUCUUGACUUAGCACUCUUACUGAUAGCCCUGACCAUCUUCGUACUAAGAAGGAGGUCCAAUGACCGCCUCAGAGUACUGAAUGGAGACUUCCGAGGCAAGACAGUGUUCGUGACAGGCGGCACCAGCGGAAUUGGCAAAGAACUAGCUACUAGAUUUUCAGAAUUAGGAGCCAAGGUAAUCAUCACAGGAAGAGAUGCCAACAAGCUGAAAGACGUCUGAAAGACUAUUAACAGGUGUGAAGGAUAUGUCCUUGAUAUGGAAAAUCCUGACAAUGUUGAGCAAUGGUGCGAGAAGAAUGCUAAGAGUAUUGGCAAACUUGAUGUUCUCAUCCACAACGCGGGAAUCACUAUGAGGGAGCUCCUCAUGAAUACUGAGAUAGGUAUUGGUCAGAAAUUGAUGAAUGUUCAUUUCCUCUCUGUCUUCGCCUUGACUAAGGGUCUCUUAAAGAACAUGAAAACUGGCGGGCAAGGGAGUGUCAUCUGUGGAGUAGGCUCUAUUGCUGGCAUUAAUGGACUAGGAAUCAGGACCAUGUACUCUUCAAUGAAAGGAAGCAUGGAAGGCUUCUUCAAAUCCCUUGCUAGUGAAGUUAAGAGCGAUAAUAUCCACUCCAUGGUGAUACAUCUUGGUUACAUCCAAACUAAUGUCGCUAAGAAUGCUCUUGUUGGUGAUGGAAGCAAGACUUUUGGCAAGACCGAUCCAAAUAUCAAGAAAGGACUCCCUGUUAGGGAAUGUGCUGACAGAAUGAUCGACAGCAUUGUACUCAGAAACUCCCAUGAAGUAUGGAUCUGCAAUGGAAUGAUGAUGAAUAUCAAGAUGUUUCUCCCAAAGUUGUUCCCAUGGAUUGGGGAUUAUAACUUAUACCACGACCUCAAGAAGCAACUCUCAGGUUUGAAAGAGGCCAAGUAAUAUAUCCCUGUAAUGCUAAAUUCAAUCUGAC